AUGGGGUCCCGCUCCUACUCCAACCUGCUCGACCUGGCCACCGGAGCAGCAGACCAGGCGCCGGCGGCCGCCGCGAUUGGCGCGCUCCGGCGGCAGCUCCCGCGCGUGGUCACCAACCCCGGGUUCAUCGACGACUCCCCGGCGUCGCCGUCCACGCCGGCGCGGCCGCGCACCAUCAUCGUGGCCAACCAGCUCCCCAUCCGGUCCCGCCGCCCGUCGUCGCCGGAGGAGCCCUGGACCUUCGAGUGGGACGAGGACUCCCUCCUCCGCCACCUCCACCACUCGUCCUCCCCCCUGAUGGAGUUCAUCUACAUCGGCUGCCUGCGCGACGACAUCCCGCAGGCCGACCAGGACGCCGUCGCGCAGGCGCUCCUCGAGACCCACAACUGCGUGCCGGCCUUCCUGCCCACGGACAUCGCCGAGCGCUACUACCACGGCUUCUGCAAGCAGCACCUGUGGCCGCUCUUCCACUACAUGCUGCCGCUGUCCCCCGACCUCGGCGGCCGCUUCGACCGCGCUCUGUGGCAGGCCUACGUCUCCGCGAACAAGAUCUUCGCGGACAAGGUGCUGGAGGUGAUCAACCCGGACGACGACUUCGUGUGGGUGCACGACUACCACCUCAUGGUGCUCCCCACCUUCCUGCGCAAGCGCUUCAACCGCAUCAAGCUCGGCUUCUUCCUGCACUCGCCGUUCCCCUCGUCGGAGAUCUACAAGACGCUCCCCGUACGCGAGGAGCUCCUGCGCGCCCUGCUCAACUCCGACCUCAUCGGCUUCCACACCUUCGACUACGCGCGCCACUUCCUCUCCUGCUGCGGCCGCAUGCUCGGGCUCUCGUACGAGUCCAAGAGGGGGCACAUUUGCCUCGAGUACUACGGCCGUACGGUGAGCAUCAAAAUCCUGCCCGUGGGAGUGCACAUGGAGCAGCUCAAGACGGUGCUCGGGUUGCCGGAAACCGAGGCCAAGGUGGCUGAGCUGAUGGAGAUGUACUCUGGAAAGGGGAGAGUGGUCAUGCUGGGCGUCGACGACAUGGACAUCUUCAAGGGGAUCAGCCUUAAGCUGCUUGCCAUGGAGGAGCUGCUGCGGCAGCACCCUGAGUGGCGGGGGAAGCUGGUGCUGGUGCAGGUCGCCAACCCGGCGCGAGGGAGGGGGAAGGACGUCGCCGAGGUGCAGGCGGAGACGUACGCCAUGGUGCGGCGCAUCAACGAGGUGUAUGGUGAACCGGGGUACGAGCCGGUGGUCCUGAUCGAUGAGCCUUUGCAGUUCUACGAGCGCGUGGCGUACUAUGUCAUCGCCGAGGUGUGCCUGGUGACCGCGGUCAGGGACGGCAUGAACCUGAUUCCCUAUGAAUACAUCGCCUCCCGGCAAGGCAAUGAGAAGCUGGACAGGAUGAUGCGGCAGGGGAAGCCAGAGGAGAAGAAGAGUAUGCUGGUGGUCUCCGAGUUCAUCGGAUGCUCGCCAUCUCUGAGCGGCGCCAUCCGGGUGAACCCGUGGAACAUCGAGGCCGUGGCAGACGCCAUGGAGACCGCCCUUGUGCUGCCUGAGAAUGAGAAGAGGUUGCGUCACGAUAAGCACUUCCGCUACGUGAGCACCCACGACGUUGGGUAUUGGGCUAUCAGCUUCCUCGAGGACCUUAAGAGGACCUGCAGUGAUCAUUCUCAGAGAAGGUGCUGGGGCAUUGGCUUCGGUCUGCGGUUCAGAGUGGUCUCGCUCGACCUUCACUUCAGGAAGCUUUCCUUGGAGAGCAUUCUUAUGGCAUACCGGAGAGCCAAGACACGGGCAAUUCUGCUAGACUACGAUGGCACGCUGAUGCCACAGGCGAUUAACAAGAGCCCCUCCACCGAAUCUGUUCGGAUCCUCAACAGCUUGUGCGGAGACAAGAACAAUGUGGUGUACCUAUGCAGCGGGUAUGACCGGCGCACUCUUCAUGAGUGGUUCCCUUGUGAGAACCUUGGCAUAGCUGCGGAGCAUGGCUACUUCCUGAGGUGUAAGAGGGACGCAGAAUGGAAGACCUGUGUCACUGCUACCGACUGCAGCUGGAAGCAGAUCGCCGAGCCGGUGAUGUGCCUGUACAGGGAGACGACGGAUGGCUCAACCAUCGAGGACAGGGAGACGGUGCUCGUCUGGAACUACGAGGACGCGGACCCUGACUUCGGCUCAUGCCAGGCCAAGGAGCUCGUCGACCACCUUGAAAGCGUGCUUGCAAAUGAGCCUGUAUCAGUGAAGACCACGCCUCACUCUGUUGAAGUGAAACCACAGGGCGUGAGCAAGGGCUUGGUGGCUCGGCGCAUGCUGGUGUCGAUGAAGGAGCGGGGCCAGUGCCCGGACUUCGUCCUGUGCAUCGGCGACGACAGGUCCGACGAGGACAUGUUCCAGCUGAUCGCCGGCGCUGCUUGCGGGGACUCGCUAGGGUCCAAGGCGGAUGUGUUCGCGUGCACCGUAGGCCGCGAGCCCAGCAAGGCCAGGUACUAUCUCGACGACGCGGCGGAGGUGGUGAGGCUGAUGCAGGGGCUUUCCUACGUCUCCGAGGAGCUUGCCCUGGCAAACCACCGGGAUGAAGACGAGGACUCUUCUCUGGACGUGUGGGAGUAG